AUGAAGAACUUCCCUGUCAUCGUUGUGACUGCCCUCAUAACACUGACUGCCAAUGCUGCACCUGCUGAGACAACACCCUCAGCAAGCGCAGCAGCCACAUCUACAGUAUCUGUACAAUACGACACAACAUAUGACAACUCCGCCUUCCCCAUCAGCAAAUUAGCAUGCUCUGACGGGCCCAAUGGCCUCCAAAACAAAGGCUACAGCACUCUAGGCCAAUUGCCAUAUUUCCCUUACGUCGGGGCCUCACCUACUAUCUCCGGUUGGAAUAGCCCUAACUGCGGCGCCUGUUACAAUAUAACCUACAAUAGCGUGUCUCUCUACGUGAUGGGUGUCGACUCGUCAACUAGUGCGUUCGUGGUCAGUCAGGCGACAUUGGAUCGGUUGACUGGUGGUCAAGCUGUGGCUUUGGGUCAGAUUACCGCUUAUUGUGAUGUGGUUGAUUCUAGUCAUUGUGUCACAUGA